AUGUAUGCUUUAAUCGGGUUCGCUUGUGGAAUUCUUUUUGCGUCAAUUAUGUAUUGUUGGGGAUGUUGUAGAGGAGGAGCUGGGGAUAACUUUUUUAUGUUCAACUAUAUGUUGAUAGUUUAUGAUUUUGGUUUUGAACUUGCUUUUUUACUGAAUAAUGCUAACGAUGUUCCAUCAUUAUAUACUCCAAGCUUGAUCUUUGUUAUUCUCCCAGCGGCAUUUAACUUUUUGAUGGGACUCAUAAUAUUUAUGGUGGAAAGGCGUCGUCCUGGGAAUAGAGCUGUCCCCGAAAACACUCAAUUUGUCGCAAUAAUGACUUUUUGUUGUGCUAUUGAUAUUCAAUCUUUACGAUUAAUCUGUUCAAAAUUCGGUGGAUUCGAUUCAUUUUCUUCUGAAUUUUCUCAAAACGCUCAGAAAGCUAUUGCUUGGGCCUCUGUUAUCAAUAUAUUCAUUGAAGACAUUCCACAAUUUAUUAUUCAGAUACAAUAUAAAACACAGACGUCCGGGUAUAGCUUUGUGCCAUUUGCGAGUCUGAUAUUAAGUUGUUGUGUUUUAGCAACUUCACUCGAACGUUUAUUUUAUGCUGUAGACAGAGGCCCUUGUACUCGCGAUUGUUUUACUAUUCAAAGGAAUCAUCCAAUUACACCAAACGAAGAUAACUUUGCUAGAGAUUGGGCACAAGAUUAG